CAAGACAGGCUAGGGUUCGGUGCGCCCAAAUGUGUUGCUUAUGAAGACUGGGUCGAUGAACCGCUGCGUGAAGUGCGCUUCUUAGACCGCUCGACAGCUCAGAACCCCCAAAAUCCCAUCGAGCUGCGAAACUGCUCGCCGACAGACGCAACCAAACCCGUUGGCACCCGACGAGGGUGGAGAGGGCAGAGCUGGCGAAACUGAUUGGUUUUCGAUUUUAACGAAGAGCCGCCUUAUUUGACUCAGAACAGACUCAGCUUUUUCCCAGGAGAGAAAAGCAAGUUUGUGUGCGAGAACGCUGUCACCAGUGGUGGGGGGACUGACUGGGUGGACACUGGUGCACGGAGGGGGUGGUGUUUGUUUGGUAGGGGGGGUAACGAUCUGCGCGAACCUGGCCCUUUAAAUUACCUCCACAAUCACUGUAGACGAGACAAGCGAAGCUGCCUGUGGGUCCCUGAGCCAGCUUUAGUCUCCAGCCUCUCCAUCAUCCAGAAUUUUCUCCUUUUACUUGGCACGAUAACCGAUGGCAGAGAAUGUCGACGACUAAUAACAUAGCCCAGGCAAGGAAGUUGGUGGAGCAGCUGAGGAUCGAGGCAGGCAUUGAGCGUAUUAAGGUAUCUAAGGCUGCUGCAGACCUCAUGAGUUACUGUGAGCAACAUGCCCGCAGUGACCCUCUGCUGGUGGGGGUUCCUACCUCAGAGAAUCCUUUCAAAGACAAGAAGCCUUGCAUCAUUCUAUAGCUACCCUGUCUAGGCCAGCUCUCCCAGUCCCACUUUAACCGCUGCCCAUCCCCAGUCAAUGGGCAAUUCAGUCCAACACUUCUUUUUACCUGGGAUCCACAGUAUUCUCCAGAAAAUAAACGCCACACUCUCUCGGCAAAAAGCAAAAAGGGGCAAUAUCUGAAUAUCUAGCGUCAUGUAGCCCGGCGUUGAGUGAAUCUGUAUGAAUGAAUCUGCACAGCACGCCUGUCUAAAUUCAUGCAUAUAGACGUACUUAACAGGAGGUGGCAGAUUUUGAAUUUCAGCAAACUAUUUCAAAAGAUUACACAGAGACUGAGAGAUACUCCAGCAUGUUUUUCAGUGCAGCAGCUGACCUUGUUACCAUAGGUGAUGGUGGAGAGUAGAGGAAGACAGUCACGAUUAUGCCGACUGACUAGCUGGCUAGCCCAGUCACACUGUGGUAAACGCUUGUUCAGUAUUAACCCUGCAUUGUUACGUCGAAUCUGCAAGCUAAAGGUUCAUUCUAGAUUUGUAUGGCCAAAAUUGAAUCCAGGUAUGCUUACCUUUAUCAAAACAGCACAUUUCAUGUUUUACAAAGGGAUUCAAGACAUUAACCAGAGUUGCCAAUAUUUGUACAAUAUUUUUUUUUCUCUCUCUCUCUUCUCAGUCCGUUUGUGAGCUAUAGUUUUUCUUUUCAUCAAUUAAAAAAAAAACCUCAUUAGGCUUAAUGCUUUGUUUUUUUUCUAGUGUUUAUACUAUAUUUCCUCAAACACCAAGUUAUAAAAGAAUAAUUUUAUAUAAUGCAGAAAAUAUAUUUACCUAAUAUAUCCUUCCCAGUUCCCUCCUAAAGUGCAGUUCGGUGUGUGUGUGUGUGUGUGUGUGUGUGUGUGCAUAUAUAUAUAUAUAUAUAUAUAUAUAUAUAUAUAUAUAUAUAUAUAUAUAUAUAUAUAUAUAUAUAUAUAUAUGAGCCCUACUAUUUGCGAUAUUCAUUUAAAAUAAAAAAAAACUAGAUUUUUGGUAUCAAAUAUAUUAAAUCAUAAAUAUUUUGGCAGACACAACCUAUAAAAUUGAGUCAUUUUGAAGUCAGAGCCCCUGCAAAGGCCAAUUUCUAUUUUUUUUCUCUGAAACCAAACUUGAUUGUAAAAUCCAUACAGAAGGAAAAAAAUGUAUAAACUUUCUUUUGGAUAUGUUCAGAAGUGUUAACUUUGAGAAUAGCUGUUUGGAUUUGUUUGUUCCAAUUUCUUCUUUCUAUGGAAACAUGGAAUCUGGUCAUUGAGUAUGAUACUGUACAGUGUUUGAUAACUAAAGCUCAUUCAUUUUUUGUGGAUGUUUUAUCUUUUUGUAAUCUUUGUGUAAUAUUUCCGUUUCUUCCAUCAUUCAUAUUUAACCAUUCAGUUUGUCCUCUUUAAAGCGAGGCUAAAGAUGCGAGCGAAGGAAUUGAUGGAUGGCUCCAGUGCUCGUACAUGUGAUUUAGGUUACCUGCUCCCUACGAGGGAAUGUGGAAUGGAUUGUUGACACAGUGCCCACACAAGGUGCUUAAGGCGUUGUUUAAGGCACGUUUCACAAGGUGGUCUGAGUUGUCAAGUCUAUCUAAAGGGCAAGAUGUGCAGUGUUAUGCAACAGGCCGUCGGCCUGAGCAGUCACAUGCAAAAGAUGAGGGCCGAGGUCAAGCCACAACUCCCAACGUGCAACGCAGCACAUGAUGCCAAAUCUUUCGGAGUGACUGUUUUGUCUCCAAAUAGUCGCUCUGCUACGAGCUAAAAACAGAAUUCGCCCAUUGUCCCGCUUCAAAUGCUGGAAAAUAACAACACAGUGCAGGAAAUGGGGGCUCGUAGUGGGACAGAGGGGGUCUAUGCUCCUCUCGGCCCACGGGAUGCUGUCAUCAGCUCCUGUAUUAUGAAUGACUAAGGCGUGUGGGGGUCACGAGUGCUCUGACUCAUCCAGCGAUCGACGAAAUCAUGCUGCUGCCCAUCAGUGGACAAAGCUGCUCCAGCGAUAUCACUUCCUGUAAAGCCUGAGCAGUGUAGUGGCUUAUGCAUGUCAAAAUAAGGAGAUCGUUUAAUAUAAAAACGAAGGAUUAUAUUUAAAUUAGGAUGAAGGCUUUCUGGACAUGCGCUAAGCUAGUGCUAAAAUAAAGCUAGCACUACAAACACUUUAUUUUUGACCGCAUUUGGUGGUAUUUCACUGGAGCAAACACUGUGAAAGUCAGCUAAGCUAAGUUAGCUUGAGUUCUCCACCCUCUUGACUCACGGUGUUCAGAUUAGUGCUCCAAAGUAUAGCGUUUACCCGAAGUAUGCGAAAAUCUUCCCUGCGCUUGGGUUUAAUAAUCAUUUAGCGGCAGAGAGACCUGUUGUCAGGACGAGGGAGCGUGUCCGUUUCUAAUUCGCUCAGCGAGAACACUUUUAAGGUGCUGAGGAGGCCGUGAUACCUUAACCUCAAUUCCUCGUUCCCAAACGUUGUUCGACUUCAAACACCACCAAGCUCUUUCAUGACCAUGAGAGGUGAGAUUUAGGCUUUGUGUGGGUAAUAUCUGUAGCUGAGUCCUUAGCCAGUAGAUUUCAAUCUCAGCCUGUCCCAUUACUUUGUGUUUUUUCCUGUGUAUGCAUAUGUAUCUUUCUGCCUUGAUUAUGAAGAAAUAUAUCUAUUUUUUGUAAUUGUUCUUCUCGGAUGUGCCAUAAAUCAUGUUUUUCUUGCACACUGUUAAUAUUUUGUGGAUAUUGCUGUUUAAAAAUGAUGAUAUCAGAAAAAGUAGAUGAAAUAAAAUAAAGACAAAAUGUUACUCU